AUGGUCACCAACUCUGCCAAUUACACCAUAUCGGACUGGGAGAAUGAUAUCAAACUUGCCCAAGACGCUCAUAUCGAUGCUUUCGCCCUCAAUAUGGCUUGGAAUGAUCCGACAAAUGACCCAUCGCUCGUUGAUGCCUUUAACACCGCAAAUUCUCUCGGAUUCAAAUUGUUCUUCUCUCUGGACUAUGCCGGGAAUGGUCCCUGGCCGGUAGAUGAGGUUUUGAAUCUGUUGGGCAAGUUCAGCUCCCAGUCAUCAUACUACCGGUAUCACGGAAAACCGUUCGUCUCAACUUUUGAAGGACCGGAAAGUGCGGAUGAUUGGAAGCUCAUCAAGGAGAGAACAGGAGCCUUUUUCGUGCCUGAUUAUUCUUCCCUUGGGGCUAAGGCGGCCAUGGAACUGGGAGUAGCUGAUGGUCUCUUCAGCUGGGCCGCCUGGCCAUGGGGAGGUCAGGAAAUGGAUACUUAUACCGAUGUCUCGUACCGCCAGUAUCUUGAAAGCGGCAUGCCUUACAUGAUGCCUGCUUCUCCGUGGUUUUAUACAAACCUCCCGGGAUAUAAGAAGAACUGGGUCUGGCGAGGGGACAAUCUUUGGUUUGACCGCUGGCAGGAAAUCAUGUUCGUCCAACCUGAAUUUGUGGAAAUCAUUUCCUGGAAUGAUUAUGGAGAGUCUCACUACAUUGGGCCUCUGUAUGAUAAGGCAAUGGAAGCUUUUGACAUUGGAAAAGCUCCCUAUAACUAUGCCACAGAUAUGCCCCAUGAUGGGUGGCGGGAAUUCCUCCCCUUCCUUAUUGACACCUACAAAAGCGGCCAGGCGACAAUCAAUCAGGAGAGUCUCACGGCAUGGUACCGCCUCCACCCGGUCGAUGCUUGUUCAGAUGGUGGCACUUCAGGGAACACUGCAUCUCAGCUACAGCUCGAGUUCAGCCCCAGUAGCGUUUUCCAAGAUCGCAUUUUCUACUCCGCUCUGCUAGGGUCACAAGCCUCAGUGACUGUCACAAUUGGUGGCGCAUUCCAGGAAGGUGGAUGGGACUAUGUCCCUGACGGCAACAUCGGUGUCUACCAUGGCAGCGUACCUACAAAUGGCCAAACCGGGCAGGUGAUAGUGACCAUUCACCGGUCUGGCGCCACCGUUGCCCAAAUGCAGGGCCAGGCAAUCACCACAAGCUGCACUCAGGGUAUCCAAAACUACAACGCUUGGGUAGGAAGUGCCAAAGGAGGACAGGUCUCUGCAACACCAUCCACGAAGCUCACCGAUCAGAAAUGUAUCCGAGGGACUGGUGCCAACAAUUUCGCGGGUCUCUGCGAAUACAGCUGCAAGUACGGUUACUGCCCCGACGCUUGUGUCUGUCAGGCCAUGGGCGCUCCCCGAACGCUACCCAAUGCGACCGGCAUCACUGGCUACCCGCUUGAGGGAGAAAGCCCCAGCUACCUUGGGCUCUGCAGUUUUGAUUGCAACUAUGGCUACUGUCCCGAAACUGCUUGCGGCACUGUGAGUGCCCCCUUGGUGACACCCACCGUGUCUGACUUUGCUCCGCCGGCUUGCAUUGCGGGGACAGGCGACGGUAAUCUUGCAGGGCUGUGUAGCUACGCUUGCGGAUUUGGGUACUGCCCCCGAAGUUCAUGUAAAUGCACAGCUACCGGCCCGCUGGUAGUACCGCCUGCAAUGACCGGGCCCGCCGGAUUCGCGGCAGCGGGCCUUGAUGAGAAUAUCUACGGAGGGCUCUGUGACUUUGCCUGUAAGCGUGGGUAUUGCCCCUCUGGCGCAUGUACCUCCAUCGGCCCUGAGAAACCUGCUCCUUCUGGUGAGCUGUAUCCUAAUGAUGGAGACUAUGCAGUGACGGGAAAUGCAAAAGGUACUCGACUCUUCUUUAACAAAGACGAUUGUACCGUCUCUCAAAAGAAUUUUAUCAAGGGGGCAUACGACGAAUACCGGAUUCUGGCUCGUCGUGAAGCAGUCACCAAGAUCGACUUCAAUUCAAUUGCAGCUUCAGAAUAUCUUUCGCUUGCUGCCAGGAACAAAGAUCAACAGGAAGCAAUUCAGGAUAUUUUCGAAUAUCUUUCUUCCGUCUACCCAUCGUGGAUAGGCAGUCGUUUGUUCAAUCAGUACAUCCUAGCACGAUGCGAUGACCCCCAGCAUCAAUGCAUUGAUCCUUGCAACCCAAGCAGAUCUUCAUCGACUGUCGCAUAUACUGUGAAUGCGGGUGAAUAUCCAUACGUUAAUUUCUGUCCUCGGUUCUUUUCCUAUCUCACACUGGCUGAUGCCAUUACCUAUGGAAAAGCCGUAGAGGGUUUCGGGCAGUAUAACAUGAAUAGCUAUUUCAAAAAUCGCGCGACGGUCUUUUACCACGAGAUGUGCCAUGUCGACCAGAACAUCCAUCGACCACCCAAUCCCCAUAUUACGGAUCUCUGGGUCAAUACUGAAGAAAUCCAUGGGGACCUUCCCGUUAUUUUCUCUCAUAAAGCUUAUGGUCCUGAGUAUACCAAAGUCCUGGCACGAUUCGAAGGCGACAUUUUCAACUCGGCUGGAUAUUAUGUUCAACGCAACGCCGACAACUUGGCCAUGUAUGCGCUAGCGAGCUACGUGCAGGAACAACUGGGUAAUAUAUAUCCAGCAUGGCCCAUUGUUACGGAUAAGCCAUUUGAUUCCCCGUAUCAAAAGCAAAACGUCAUUCAGUACGCCAUUGAUGAUGGGAAAGUUGUGUUCACCAACCUUGCAAACAAUACCGCCGAGGCAGAUGACUGUGGGCUUUCGGCGAAUGCCACCUCCAUUGCAGAUAUCAACCAACUGAUACCUUCGUGGGCCUAUCCAACGGCCUACCGGCAGGCGAAAGCUUCGUGGGAAGAAGACCUCUUCCCAACCAAGGAGCUGAAGAAUAUGAAACUACGCAUCUUGCCGUUUGGAGACUCAAUUACCGUAGGUAGCAAGAGCUCUGACGGCAAUGGGUAUCGUGAAAAGUUGGUUCUGAACCUAGCAGGGAAUACUGUCAACAUGAUAGGAUCUGUACAAGCGGGAUCAAUGUCCGAUAACGACAAUGAAGGCCAUGCGGAUGCCACAAUUCACGAUCUUCGGUCCUACAGCGAGGUACUUGAGAAUCGUCCAAAUGUCGUGCUUCUACAUGCAGGUACAAACGACAUGGCCGGCAAGUCCACCGUGAAUUCGGCAAUCAUCGAUCUAGGCGAACUGGUUGAUGAUAUUUUCAAUGCUUGUCCUGAUACUGUUCUUCUGUUGGCACUGAUUCUUCCCUCAAGCGAUUCUACCGUGAACGAUCGGAUCAACCAAUUUAACGAACAGGCAGUUCGGCUCGUUCGAAGAAAAUUUGAAAGUGGAAAGCACAUUCUCCUCGUUGAUAUGAAUUCCUUUGUGACUACGGACGAUUUGGACGAUGGAAAGAAUCCCAACGACAAGGGGUAUCAGAUCAUGGCUGAUGCCUGGGCACGCGGCCUCCAGCGUGCGAAUGCGAUGGGAUGGAUAUUUGAUCCCAUCACCUCCGUCACUACUACCGUCUAUACCACCGUUCAUCCGACAGUGACUAGCACAGUUGUGGUGACAAGUACAUCUAACCCGACACCGGCGCCCGCUGGCUACGUAUACUGGUUCUUCGGCUUCGAGGAAAUGGGUGACUUCCCUCUCUUUAAGAUUCAAGGUUAUGGCUCGAGUACAAGCUUUGACGGAUGUGAAAGCAGCCCACAAUGGGAGGAAAACAAUGUUGUAUCAAUGCCUAAGAGCUUGAAGGGAGUGACCAUCCAGGACGACCAAUGUGAUUAUGCUGAGACCAAUAGUUGGAAUCAGGCAGCGAAAAAUACGCAGGUGGGCGAGUUGGUCUGCGCUAAAUUUGCCCAGGCGAAGUGUUAUAAAGCAGACAUGACAAGCUGGGGCUGUUCAGGAGGUGUUACGGUUAAUGCAUGGGCUUAUUGUGAGUGGUGA